AUAAUUCAAAAAAUAGAAAUAGUUUAAAUUACUUUUGAAGGAUAAAGAAAACAAAAAGUAAAUAAAACAUAAAUAUACAAAUUAGAUAAGAUGUAUGCCCAUAACUUAUAUUAGAAUUAGAUUACUUAGGAAUAGCCUAUAAAGAAUGAUUAUGAUUCAUAGGCUUUACCAUCAAAUGAGGAGUGGGAUACUAUGAGAAGUCCUAAUAAAAAUUAUGAAUAACAGAAUUAAUAAACAAUAGGUUAGUAUUUAAAUUAAUUAGGUGGUGGAGGAGCUCAUACACCAUAAUACGCAUCUUCAAUCUAGCAGUAAAGAAAUUUUUAAAUGGCUUAACCAAUGAAUUAGAAUGUAGUUAAUGAACCUUCUUCAGAAUACGAUCAAUUCCACUCUCAAUAUAAAGGAACUGGUAAUAUCAAAAAUUAGGGAGAAGGAUAUUAUCAUUAGCCAUAGCAAUUAUAAGGAUCUGGCUAAAAUUAAUACAUGAACUAGAUCUAAUCAACUUAUGGUAAUGGAACGAAGCUUAACAACAAUUUUGAGAAUGGAGAAUCUCCUUAGAAAAUGCAGUCAUAAAAAAAAAAUAGUUUAGCUAUUUAAACGAAUGAUGGAAAUCUUAAUUUUUAAUAAUAGCCCUAUUAAAAAUAAAAUAAUAAUUAAUAUGGAGGAGUUUAGGAAAUCAAUUAUGGAAAUCCUUUAGGCACAUAGAGUGUUAGUUAGAGGAGUAUUUCGUAGUUCCCUAAAACAGAAUAUUAGUAAGUGUAGCAAUAGAAUUAACAAAAUAGUUAGUUAUACCAAAAACAGAUUUAGUAAUAACAAUAGUCGUAGUUAUUAUAAUAAUAAUAAAAACUAAAUCAGAUAUAAUUGGAUAGAACUUAAAUGAACAAUACUAUUAUGGAUAAUUAUAAUGAUAAUUCACCUAUUAGAGACAUGACAAAUGUAAAUAAUACUUAGUACAAUAUAGCAAAUCAAACCUAAGCGGAUAUACCUUUAAUUACUCCUCCAAAGCAAAGAAUAGAAUAGCCUGAAGUCUUAAAUAAAAUAGACUUAAAUGCAUCUAAUAAUUUACCAAAUAUAAAUUUACAGUAAUAACUAGAAAUGAAUUAAAAUAAUAUAUAUAAAAUAUAGGAUAAUAACGUAGUACUUAAUAACAAUUAAAUAUAUUUGAAUGAGGAAGGAAUCAAAGACAGAAAUAGCACCACAUAUAAUUUUAGAGAAACUACUCAGGUUGAAGGAGCUCCAAAUUAAUAAUAGAGAUUAAACUAUAAUAUAAACUAAAGGGUCAAUAACUAUAGCGGAAUGUAUGCUUAUGUUGCUGAUAAUAAAAACUAAAUUAAUAACACAACAUAAGCGUAUCUAGCAUACGAGCCUAGCAAGAAUGUGCUCGGAGACCAGAUUGGAAAAAUCAUUAAUGUUGAUGAUCCUAAUUUUCAUUAAAAUUUAGAUUUAUAAUAGCAAAAUUUCAAUCUUCUUUUACAGUAAAAGCUAACUCCUCUUGAAAUAGAAUUUCUGAGAAGAGCCUAAAGGAAGUAAAAUACAAGCUUUUUUUAUGACAAACUAGCAAAAAGUUAUAGAUCCGUAUGCAUUCCUGAUUACAAAAGACCAUUUUACAAAUUUUUCCUUUUUGAAUUUAUCAUUCCAAUAAUCAUAGUAUUUUUGCUCCAUGUUUUCCUAUGGGGUGUUCAAUACUCAAUCAAUGACUACUGCUUUUAAUCGUCAUCAGUUUGUCAAUGCAAAAAUUUUUCAAUUUAAUUAUGGACUUUUUUCAGAUAAAUGAUUGCUUGGAAACUUGGAGUCAUUUGCUGUAAAAAUAUUCUUAUGAUAGAAAUAGGCUAAGAAAGAUUCCCACUGAUGGAAAGCUUUAUGAUGUUUUUUGUAAGUAUAGGUGUUGACUUUAUCAUGGUAGUUGGAAUUGGAUUAAAUCAAGAUUGGCAGUUUUAUUUAAUGAUAUUCGUUUUAGGCUAUAUCAUGACAAUUCAUGUCAUAAAAUUUAAGUAAUUUACUAAGAUUAGAACAAAAGGAAGAGGGCUCUAUUUAUAUGAUUUAAAUUUAGUUGCUAUAAUUGUUUUCAUAUAUUAUGCUCUGCCUGCAAUUUAUAAAAGUUUGAUAGAUAGACUUUCCUUUUCAAAUGGCAGAAGUACAUUUCUGCUUCUCUAUCCCUUGCUAGAAUGGGUAUUUGAAAUAUUUAGCAAUAUGAUUUUAGAUAAAGCUAAACUAGCUACUUUCUUUUAGUACCAAAUGUAUAUGCUUAUUUUAGGCAUGAGAGUAGGUAUCAUGACAAGCACCUCAACUAGCAACUUCGAAUUUUGGUAUCUAGGAACUUUAUUCUUUUUGAAGCGUAUAUUAGAGUCCAGCAGCUUUGUAUACAUUAAUUUAAGAAGACUCAUCUACAAAAUGUUUCCUCCAAACCUAAAAUAUAAGGCUUCUAUGAGUGAGUAUCCAGAUUAUAAAAAGGGUAGAGAAGGAUUUUACAUGGAAAGCAUCGUAUGGAUAGGCAUGUAUUAUUGGUGGUUUUAUACAAAUACAAUUGUUCCAGGAUAUGUCAAGUCUUAUAUCGUAGUCAAUAACUGUGAAUUCUAAGCAACUAAUAUAUUUAGAGGAGUCACUUGGGAUAGGCCCUUCUUUACAUGGAUAUUCUUUCUCGUGGCUACUAUUAUUUCCUAUUUUGUUAACUUUAAUUUAAAAUACGACAUGAUUAAAUGGAUAGGUGCAUAAAAGCACAAUUUCAUAGAAAACAUCUUGACCAGAAUGUUUGGAUGGUAUUUAUUCUAAGUGGCCCUUAUAGUUUCAUAUUCUAUCUCAUAAGAAUAUGCACAGACCUACAGCAAUUUUUGA